AUGGAUGGAGAGAAGAAGAGGAUCAAGCAAGUGAAGAUACGGUCUCAUGACUGGCAGCGCUGGGGACCAUACCUGGCCGAGAGACAGUGGGGGACGGUCAGGGAGGAUUACUCGUUCAAUGGCAACUGCUGGGACUAUUUCCCACACGACCAUGCUCGUUCCCGGGCCUACAGAUGGGGUGAGGACGGACUGCUUGGAAUCACAGACCGGAAGUGCAGGAUGUGUCUGUCCAUGGCCUUGUGGAACACACGUGACCCGAUCCUCAAAGAGAGGCUUUUCGGGUUGUCGGGACCACAGGGCAAUCAUGGGGAGGACGUGAAGGAGUUAUAUUACUAUCUGGACAAUACGCCGACGCAUGCGUACAUGAAAGCCCUGUAUAAGUAUCCCCAGAAGGAGUAUCCGUAUAGUCGCCUAGAGGAGGAGAAUCGGAGGGCGGGACAACACCGCCCGGAGGUGGAGCUGAUGGAUUUAGGAAUUCUGGACGACAACGAAUAUUGGGACGUGGGCGUGGAGUACUGCAAGCUGACCCCCAAUGACAUAUUGUGUCGCUACACCCUAUCUAACAGAGGCCCCAAAGACAGCACGCUUCACUUCCUGCCGACUGUCUGGUACAGAAACACCUGGGUCUGGGGCGCUGCGCAUGAGGCCUGCCAGACCAAGCCAUACAUAACUCAAGAAUCUCCUGGAGUUGCCGUGUGUUGGCACGAACAGCUAGGAGCGUACAGACUUGUUUUUUCUCCUGGUCCGAAUGGGAAGAUGCCAGAACUUCUGUUCACGAACAAUGAGACGAAUUUUAAGAGAUUGUACGGUAUUAGGAACGAAGGAUUCGUCAAAGAUGCCUUCCAUGACUAUAUUAUCAAAGGCGACAAAAGCGUAGUUAACCCUGCCAAAGAAGGUACCAAGGUAGCCGCCCACUACGUCCUGAAAGUGCCAACUGGGGGUGACGUUGUGAUCCGGGUAAGGUGCUCUCCGAACAAAAAGGGUUACCGAGAGCUAAGUGGGACGGACUUCGACGGAAUCUUCACGAAACGGAUCAAUGAGACGGAGUAUUUCUAUGAAGACGUUAUACCCAGUAACAUUCUAGAUGAGCGGCUGGUGGCCAGACAGGCUUACGCUGGGUUGCUGUGGAGUAAGCAGUUCUACCAUUACAUCAUCCCGGAUUGGCUGCAGGGAGACUCACUGAUGCCAGAGCCACCUGGGUGCAGGAAAACGGGACGUAACUCUGACUGGAGACACUUGUACAACCGUGAUAUCAUAUCGGUGCCAGACAAGUGGGAAUACCCCUGGUACGCAUCCUGGGACCUGGCAUUCCAGGCUAUAGCCUUAGCUGAUUUGGAUGUGGAUUUCGCCAAGAAGCAACUUCUGCUGUUCCUCAAGGAAUUCUACAUGCACCCAAAUGGGCAGAUUCCAGCAUAUGAAUUCAACUUCAGCGAUGUGAAUCCUCCCGUACAUGCCUACGCGGUGUUAAAAGUCUUUAAGGCAGCCUGUCCGAAGGAUAAAAACAGAGACCAUUGUUUUUUAGCUAAAUGCUUUCACAAGUUACUGCUGAACUUCACAUGGUGGGUGAACCGCAAGGACCCAAAUGGACGCCAUCUUUUUUCUGGAGGAUUUCUGGGAUUUGAUAACAUCGGUGUGUUUGACCGAUCUAAACCCAUAAAAGGAGGCGGGGAAAUGGAACAAGCAGACGGGACAGCUUGGAUGGCGUUCUUCGCCCUCAUUAUGUUGGAAAUCAGCUUGAUUCUGGCAGAGAAAAACCCUGUGUAUGAGGACACAGCUUGCAAAUUCUUUGAACACUUCGUGGCCAUUGUGGACGCCAUGAACAGGAAGGGCGAGGGUGAAGGCUUAUGGGAUGAAGAAGAUGGGUUCUACUUUGACCGUAUCAGGCGUAACGGAUCUUCUUCGCCCCUCAAGGUGAGAUCCAUGGUUGGCCUUAUUCCGUUCUUCUCCUGCUUUGUUCUUCGAGAGUCCGACGUGGAGCGAUGGACGGAAUUCUCGGCCAAGGUCAGAUGGUUUGUGGAUAACAGACCGGAUCUGGCCACAAGGAUAUCGUUCAUGACCAAGGGAGAGAACCGUGAAGAAGCAUUGCUCCUCUCAGUUCUGACAAAGCCCAAGCUUGUACGAGUCCUGGGACACAUGCUGGACGAAAAUGAAUUUUUGUCACCGUACGGCAUCCGCUCUAUGUCUAAGUACCAUAAAGAUCACCCCUUCUUUUACCAUGACGGAGACCAGGAGUAUUUUGUGGAUUACGAGCCGGGCGAGUCCACUACUACGUUAUUCGGGGGGAACAGUAACUGGAGAGGCCCUGUAUGGUUUUGUGUAAACUUCCUUAUAGCUGAGAACAUGCUGCGGUUUGACUACUUCUAUGGGGACACGUUGCUUGUGGAAUGUCCCCUGGGGUCGGGGAAUCACGUGAGGCUGAGGGAUGUGUCCCAGGAGUUGUCUAUCCGUCUGGGGAACCUCUUCGUGCCCGAUGCUGACGGCCGCAGGCCAUGUCACGGGAAUUGUACUAAGUAUCAGAACGACCCACAUUUCCAGAAUCUCAUUUUGUUUUAUGAGUACUUCCAUGGCGACACGGGCAGAGGGUGUGGAGCCAGCCAUCAAACAGGAUGGACGGCUCUUGUCGCUAACUUCCUCAGGAAUGCCCAGUUGUUGUUCUCCAGAUCAGACAGCACACAGUCUCUGUCGUCACAGCCGUAAUUUCGUAUACACCAACACCUACAUGUACACCUCCAGUGUCUGUCGUCACAGCCGUAAUUUCUUAUUUACUAACACCUACAUAUAUACCUCCAAUACCUUGUCUUUCAUACGUCAGAUUUGCCUCACCGAGAUAACGAUCUUUUUCUCGCUGAAUCUCGCUACGAUAGAGGAAGUAGCUCACAUCCGGUCAGUUCAAUAACAGCCUCUUUUUAGUGUGAACGAGUUUAGUAUGACCUAAUCGCAAAAGUGCUUAUCUGAGACCAAACUGAUAUCGGAUUUAUACUGGUUUUCUUAAUCCAGACAAGAUUUGAACGCAUGUCAUAAACUGGAUUGAGAAUAUACCACUUGACUGCUGCUACAAGUUGACUAUGCAACUGAUUCCAGCAGAAUGAGUUGGUUUUAGGCUCACGUGUGUAUUUUUGAAAGCAUUGUACACAUCAAAACUUUCCAUUUAGGGUGGUUUCAACAAAAAACGUCACAGAGCCCAAUUUUGAGGGGCGUUAUUUAUGCUUAUGCUGCUGGCAGCAACCUGAUUUUUAAUGUCAUUGACGGGAUGUGCCCAUUCGCACAACUGUACGCCAGGAGAGGCUGUACGUCUUCUUUGUGUACACUGUGUGCUACACGCUUAUCCAGUUUUCUGCGGAAUUUGUCUAAGAGUAUAUACUGCUAUAUUCUACACUUUCAUGGGUGUACUAUUUUUAUCCUUCAUUUGAAUCAUGAUGUGAAAAGGGUACACUUUAAACAGUCAUGAACGUUUGGAACCGCACGUUGUUUUGAGUACAUUCAUUACUGGCCAUAUUUCACUAGUUAUAUUUUGACCAGGUGCCAAAUGUUACAUAUUCGUCGUUGGUUUGAUGUAAAUCAUUUGUCUUUCGCUAGUUUUCAUCUGCGCUUUUUUUUUCAAUCCACUGCCUGGGAUUAUGAUUUCACUCUAAAAUACAUGUACAUGUGUUCCUAUAUACCACGACAGACACAAAUGGACGUAUUUUGUACUGACGUCUGAGGAUGGUAGCGGGUUUCCCCCUGGAUGUGUCCGGUUUUCUACCUCCAUAUUUCUGGUGGCCUUCGUAUAAGUGAAAUAUUCUUGAAUACGACGUAAAACACCUACCAAGUAAAUAAAUAAAUAAUUGCAACAGAUGUUCGUUUCAUGAAUGUUCUAUAUAAAGCAGUUGCCGCGAGUUAAUUGGAAAUAAAAUCCUUUAUCUACGCUAUCUAUCUAAGAACCACUCGUCGCUUUUGGUGAUGAACCAGUUUCCAGACAGUUGUGUCGAAUUCAAGGUGUACAUAAUAUAUGGAUAUCUUCAUUCAUACUUGUGUAAAAAGGAAACUUUUAUAAGUGCGUAUUGACGUACCUUGUAUACCACUAGUCACAUGUACUCUGUCAUACAGUUGAAAAUUCUUGGGCUAAGAUAUCUAAUUAAAUCCAGUAUUA